AUGUCAGCUGUAGAUGUGAAUGUUCCGCAGCCAAUCACAUAUGGACUUGUUGGAUAUGACACUACGUUGAUUUGUGUAUACAAGACUAACUUCACAAGGCCUAUACUGACAUGGUAUGACGGAUUCUCAGGCACAGAUGAAAUUAUUAUCCUCCAGGAGAUGGACGGAGUUGUCUAUGUUAACCCAGACUAUCAAGACAGGUUUUCCUUGACUGGUCAAGCUAGUCUUCGGAUUAAUGACACACAACUUGGUGAUUCAAAUGACUAUGAAUGUGAAGUAUCAGCUUGUGGUAAAAUUGAUCGAGGGAGUACAUACUUGGCUGUGUCAGAAUCCCAGUCACCGGAUUGCACACUUCAGCACAAUACGCAACCCGUGGAAGGUGAUAAUGUGGUAUUAACAUGUACCACCGAAGGAAUACCGCCACCAACGGUGCAAUGGUUCAAAGAUGGUUAUCUAAUAGAGGAAUCUGAACGGUAUACAUUUUCUGAAGAUGGAACAGAAUUGACUAUACUCAAUACUCAGCGAGUUGAUAGUGGUGUAUAUAUUUGUAAUGUGACAAAUUUAGUUGGAUCGUCUUCGUGUUAUGAUCUAAUCGAUGUUUGGUAUUUACCAAAUGAUGGUUGGCCAAACUGUACUGUAUCUGAUGAACCAUCCACUGGCUAUUUCCAGGAAGGAGAGCAGAUUGUCAUUACAUGUGGCGCCACUGGAGGGAAUCCAACUCCAGAAUUGUACUGGCAUGAUGACAAUUUUGAGCUAAUGAAUAAAAGUUGCUUCUGGAAUGAGCAACAUCCAAUUUAUGAGUUAACGAUUUCUUCAUGUACAUGGGAACUGGAGUCUUCAGACAAUGGACGUGUAUACACGUGUACUGGUAAAUCUGAUGCAUCUUCUGAGACGUAUGACUGUGAUACUGGGCAACUAGAUGUUAAAUAUGCCCCAGAUAGUCCAACGUGUAACGUGACAGCAGAGAAUAACUUAUUCAAGGAAGGAAAUGAAAUUACUCUAACAUGUGUAUCAUUAGAUGGAAACCCACUCGCAACUCUGCAAUGGGUCAAUACAUCUAGUGGUAUGGUGAUGACUGGAACUACACCGGGUCCUAACGACAGUGAGAGUAUUGCAACUCAUAGUUGGACUCUUAGCAGAACAGAUAACACUGGUGUGUAUGUGUGUGGAGCAACCAAUAUUAUACAAACAGAUCCUCUGAUAUGUAGCAGUGGACCACUAAAUGUAUCAUUUGCUGCAAUGGUCAUAUUAUUAUCGGAACCAAACAAUCCUUACAAACGUGGUGAUUACGUAACCUUGACUUGUACAUCCAGUAGUAGUAACCCACCGUCAUCCAUUGGAUGGUAUCGAAAUAAUACAUUAGUUAUGAACAGCGAUUACGAAACUGUUGUUGAUACUGACCACAUCGAUGAACCAUUUCCUUGCCAGACUAGUCUUACUGGUCACGAUGGUCAUGUAAUGGCUGGUGAAGAGAUAAUAUUGACAUGUACGUCAUGUAGUAGUAAUCCACAAGCUGAGUUAAUAUGGUAUGUAGAUGAUAUGGAAGUACAAGAUGGACUCAGUGUACCACGUUAUACACAUGCAGAAUACAAUGGGAAGCAAACAUCACAGAAUCUAACAAAGUUAAUGACAUACUUGGACCAUGGUGCGGUGAUUUAUUGUGAGGCGUAUAAUCCUGAAUUCAAUGAAGAAAUGAAUUCGUCCAAUAAAACCGUACUGAAUGUGCACUAUAGUCCAUUUAUUGAAAAUACGGACGAGGCAGUGAUAAAAGCUGACGUAAUGGAAACGGCUAAUCUAACAUGUGAAGUUAAUAGUAACCCGGAUUCCAAUAUCACGUGGUACGACUCGUUGGGGAAUGAGGUCAUCAACUGUACAGACAGAAGUAUAAUUGUUGAAAUAAAGAAAGACACAAUACAGACUAGUGUAUUGUUAAUUACAAACGUGACAUACACAGAUUAUGGAAAUUACACAUGCUAUGCAGAGAACUAUAUUAAUAUGACUUAUUUCGUUGUUUACCUGAGUGGGACAAGUAUAGUAUUUUAUCCAGUGAAUGGCGGUCAAUCGUAUAAAACAGAGAUCCUAAUAUGCCUAAUGUGUUCAUUAAUCCUCAUCAUAGUUGACAUUAUAUUAGUGUAUUUUAUACGAAGAGAAGACUGGAUGGUUAAAUCCGAAGAUCAGAUGACACGUGAUCAAGAAGAGCCCAUCAGUAAGAAUGAAAGUGUGAAACCUAGACCAAGAGGAGAUGUCAAACGUAUAGUCUAUAAGCCUGAAAUAUCUGCUAAAAUGACAGUCCUUGAGCGAACGUACGACAAUGUGCCUGGUGAGUUUGACGGCCGAAACAAUGUAGUGGUUGUUGACGAAAAUAAAUAUGAUGAAUCAAAAUCAUUUACAAAG